UUAUGGACCAGCAUCACCUCUAUUGGCCGAUCUGGUCACAUGGUUCGCUAACUUUAUUCAGUUGACACCAAGUAGGAGGGCUUUAUGGAGGGAGGAAAAAAAGACAACUCGAGAAAAAAUUAGUAUUUUCUACCUUCAGAAAUUAAUGGCCAUGAGUUCGUAUUUGGUGAACUCUAAGUAUGUGGAUCCUAAAUUUCCUCCGUGCGAGGAAUAUUCACAAAAUAACUAUAUACCUGAUCAGGGCUCGGACUACUACAGUCCAGCGCAGGACACAGACUUUCAGCAUCCAGGGAUCUACCCACGGUCAAACUACACGGAGCAGCCCUUCAGCUGCAACACUGUGCAGGACUCCACGGUGCAGCCACGGGGUCAUGUGCACGACAGAUCCAGCCACUCGAGCCCUUUUAGCGCACAGACUGAGCCGGGGCCCCCGGUCCAAACAGCCGGACCAAGGACUUGUGGACAGCAGCAAAACACAAAGAGCCAAAAUGGGAUACAGUCCAAGCAGCCUGCAGUAGUUUACCCCUGGAUGAAGAAAGUCCACGUAACUACUGUGAACCCGGAUUACACAGGAUCCGAGCCCAAGCGGUCCAGAACAGCCUACACCCGGCAGCAGGUCCUGGAGCUGGAAAAGGAGUUUCAUUUUAACAGGUACCUGACCAGGCGGCGGCGGAUCGAGAUUGCCCACACUCUUUGUCUCUCCGAAAGGCAGAUCAAAAUCUGGUUCCAGAACAGACGGAUGAAAUGGAAGAAAGAUCACAAAUUGCCCAACACCAAGGGCAGAUCUGCACCAGCCUCCAGCCAUCUGCAGAACCUGCAGAAGGACAACCAGACUGAUAUCACAUCAUUAUAAGAGGAGAAAUAAAACUGUACAUAAAAAGAGACAGAGGGUGCAUCUGACUUUUGCAUGGACUCAUGAUGGUUUUAGCAUUUUUUUUUAAUUUAAAAAACAGACCCCAGCAGUGUUGACUCAAGACUGAGUCAGAAAAUCAAUCAGAGAGGUUUGAAAGUUUUAAUUCCUGAAAGAGAGACAUCGAAACAAACUUUUUUCUUUUUUUCCUUUAUUUUUCUGGACGUUUUCCAUCUGAGGACAUUUAAUGAGUAACCUCGGCUGGUUUCGUGGAUUUAAACAACAGCUCCUCUCACAUGGAUUCACGCUGGUUUAAAGACUGAAAUGUCUUUAUUCAGAACAGGGAAGCCCUUGGUUCAAAUCACACACACACAUACACACACACAUACACAAAAAGGUUAUUUGAGUUUUUCCUUCUAUUCAAAGCUCACAGAAAACGCACAAAAUAUAUAUAUACUUGAAGG